AUGAGCUCCACUGCUGAAGGACUCAAUGGUGCAACGGCUUUGGCAUUGCGGGUUCAAUUACCAAAUUUUCGUCCUGCUGCACAUCAGCCCAUGUCUGCAGACCGCUCGAAUGUUCAGAUUCCUCCAGGAUAUCAUGAUAGUACUACUGCCGGAUUGCCAACACAGCCCCUUGGUAUCAACUUACAGAAUGCCAUACGUCGCCAAAUGAUCGGUUCUUCGAGCCAAAUGGACAAUGCAGGAUAUGAUAAUGCUCUUCUUGAAGGCGAUCAUGUGAUGGAAGAGAUCCAAUCAUGGUUUGCUGAGAACACACCAUGUAAUGACCCGUUCUCUGAGACCCCGUUAUCCGAUAAUGGUUUUGUUAGGGGAACCGGCAGAGGCGUUAUUGGCUGGCUCAAGAUAAAGGCGGUGCUGCAGUGGGGGUACUUCAUCAGGAAGACAGGUGUCAGACUCGUGGAGUUAGACCAACCAACUAUCGAAGUCCGGGCUUGUUCAUAGUUCUUUCUUCGCUUUAGGGAAGAUGAUUC